AUGGAGAACAGUACAGAGGUGACUGAGUUCAUUCUUGCCGGGAUAACUGAUGACCCACAACUGCAGAUCCCACUCUUUCUAAUCCCACUCUUUCUAGUGUUCACGCUCAUCUGCCUCCUCACUCUGGCUGGGAACCUGGGGGUGGUCACGCUGAUCGUGCUGGACGCUCGUCUCCACACCCCCAUGUACUUCUUCCUCAGCCACCUCGCUCUGGCGGACUUUGGUUACUCCACAGCCGUCACUCCCAAAGUGAUGGCAGAAUUCCUCAUCGGAGACAAGGUCAUUUCCUACAAUGCUUGUGCCACUCAGUUUUUUUUCUUUGCAGUCUUUCUCAUUAUGGAAACUUUUCUCUUGGCCUCAAUGGCCUAUGACCGUCAUGCAGCGGUGUGUAAACCACUCCGUUACACCAACAUCAUGACACCAAGGGUGUGUGCCUGGAUGGUCGUAGGAUGCUAUGUUCUUAGUUUUCUGGAGGCCUCUGUGCACACUUGGAAUGCAUUCAGUCUCUCUUUCUGCAGAUCCAAUGUGAUUCAUCACUUUUUCUGUGAUUCUACUCCCGUCCUGGCUCUCUCAUGUUCAGACAACAAGAGAAGUGAGAUGGUGUUUUUCAGUUUGGCAGGCUUUAAUAUCAUCGUUUCUGUCCUGGUCAUCCUGAUCUCUUACCUGUUUAUCUUUGUCACUAUUCUGAGGAUGCACUCAGCUGAGGGAUAUCAGAAGGCUUUGUCCACCUGCGCUUCUCACUUCACUGCUAUCUCCAUUUUUUAUGGGACAGUCAUCUUCAUGUACUUACAACCCACCUCCAGUCACGCCAUGGAUACGGAUAAAAUGGCCUCUGUGUUCUAUGCUAUGAUCAUCCCUAUGCUAAACCCUGUGGUCUAUAGCCUGAGGAACAAGGAGGUCAAAAGUGCAUUCAAGAAGGUUAUUGAUAAAUCAAAAUUGUCUCUAGGAUUAGCUCUUUAA